UAUAUCAUAUUUCUCACCCAGAGAGUUUUUCAGUAACUUGUUGCAACUCGUGAAAAGAAAUUAGUAACGUUUCUCUGUUGCUAAGAACUGCGUCACCGUGCACAAAAUAUUGAGAAUUGUUUUCAGGCAAAACCAAAGACGACCGAAAUUACUUUUUUAAAGAAUUCUUGACAGUAAAGCAUAUUCUAAUACUAGCAUAAAGUCGCGGCUCCGCUCGCGUGGAAGUAAUUUAAAGUAUAGGUAUACCUAGCUUGAAGAUUAAUUUCGGAGACAGAUAUGCAAUAUUCAAAGUAAUGCAAUAGUUACUUCGGUAAUAGAUACUUUUUAUUCAAUAUAUAAACGUCAAUGUCUCUGCAAUCUGUCAGCAUCACAUCUAAUUUGAAAUAUGAACAGUCGUACGAGGAAUUUUUUAUUUGAGAGACGACUUCAGCAUUGGAAACGUAGAUCUUUAAGCUUUAUAUGUGCCGAUAUUUAAAGGGUGUCUAUGAAAUGCUUGAACUCCUCGACAACUUCGCAACUACGCAUUUUCGUGAAAAAAAAAAACACGUCAUAAAACGAGUUUUAGGAUAACAAAAGCAAUUUGUCGAUGACCCCAAAUAUGACCUCUAAGGACACUAUCACUAACCAGGAUCAAAGUCUUCCUACAGCUUUCAUUCAUAUUACUCAAAUAAUAAAUUUUUGUUUACAAAAAGGAUACCACCCUAAACAGCGGAAGCUGGCCUUCAUUAUACCAGUCCCUAAAAUAUCAAAUUCUACUGAACCUAAACAUCGUAGACCUACGAGGGUUGUUUCAAAAAUAAGCUUCCCAACGCUGUAACUUUCCCGCGCUUGAUGUUAGACGAAAUCUCGUAAUACCGUCAUGUUUGUCGGCUCCGCCACCGCCGAUCCCAACAAGAAGCGCCUAUUCGCGACGCUCAGUACUGGCUUGACAGACAUGGGUAAUGGAACCCUUCAUCGCCGUCACCGGUGCGAAAUUAUAGUAUAUGGGAAACGUGUUUAAACAUUCAAAAUGGCCUCAAAUGGUGAAGACAGUUCUUUGACGACCGCAUCCACGAUGAAUAACGAAGCGUGAGAUCGUCGAUCUCCGAGGAAGUUAUAGCGAAGAUUGAGCAAAUCUUGUUCGAAGAUCGGCGCAUCACGAUCCGGGAACAGACAGUUGUAAUUGUUGAGGCUUCUGAAAAAACUGAGACGGGCAAUUCAAAAUCGUCUCACGACAAACGAAGGACUGAAUCGAGCGACUUGGCUGGGAAGUCAGGAGCUCGUAGGCGGUCAACGGUUCGAGACGGACGAGGAGUUGCAAGAAGUAGUUACCAAGUUUCUAAACGGGCUGGUCGCGAACUUCCUUGACGCGGAAGUGCAAAAGUGGAAUUCACGUUUAAAAAAAUGACGACUAUCGAGAAAACUACCUUAAAGAUCGUUUGCAAUGGUGAAUUCGUUUUUCGCAUAAAAAAAAUCCUUGUGCCUGACAAAAAUGUGGGAGCCUUGUUUUUGAAAAAUUCCUCGUAUAUAAGAUAAUCUUGAAAAAUGAAAAUUAUUUCCACAUGAGGUUGUAGUAUCGUCUGAUGAAAAAUAUUAACAGCACACCGCUACAAAAGUAUGCAACCCGCCAUAUCCGAUAUCUCAUUUUCGUCCUUUUCCGUGGUUUGCUUUUAGGCAAAAUAAGCGGUACUAUUAUCAAAACAUUGCGACGGGCACCAGCCAAUGGGAGUACCCCGCACCCGACGAGGCGUUGCCGCCGCAGUUGCCCGCCCCCAAACCGCCGAGCCCCGCCGCUCCCGAAGACGACGCGAUGGACAUUUGCACGACUCCGCCGCCUCCGGAAGAGGACGUGGCAACGGCGCAACCGCCUCCACCGCCGCCGCCGGCAACGUCGCCGCCUAUUCCGCCAGCGCCGCCUGUGAUCAGUUGCCCCUCGCCACCUCCGGCGCCUAUUAUUAGUGGAUUGGAGACGGGGCAGCAGGGACCGUUGCCGCAAUGUUUGCCUCCACCGCCGCCCCCAGAGACUCCAUAUCCCGGCGACGAAAAAGACUUGAAAGGUAUGAUGGUAGAACGGCAACAACCCUUACCACCCGGUGUAGACAUGCCACCACCACCGCCGCCCAGUGAGCCCCCAGAGCCCGUUCCACAACCAGGAGACCCGCUGAACUCCGCCUUGAAUUCCUUCUACUCAGAUAUCGCUGCUCUGAGCACUGAUCUGCCUGUACCUUCCGCGGCACAAGAGACGCCUGCGGACCAUCCGCCUCUAGUUGUUGCCAGCACCGAACAGCCGGCGACAGAAGGCGUUAAGAAGAAAAAGAAAAACAAGGUGAUUUUCCUGACAUAUUAA